CGGGUAAAGUUCUUGCUGAAGAAAACCGAAUCACAAAAGGUAAUUAUUUCAAUGCAGUAGAAAAUAUUUUAUGUAGUGAAGUUAUUUUUAUGUGCUUCUUGCAAUCAAAAUUAUCUAAACAAUAGUGUGUAAGUGCUAUCAGCAAAAUGGCCAAUCUCCUGUUGCGCAGAGCGAUCAUAGACGCUAUCCGUGUUCCAGUUGGCACACGGUCUGUCAGUGAAUUGUCUAAGAUCGGUAACCGCGAGUGGGUAGGCUACGGCUUCAACGGCCAGCCCAACUAUGUGGACAGGCCUGACUACCCCCUCCCCGCUGUCAGGUUCCAGGCUGACACCCCUGACAUUAAGGUCCUCCGUGAAAAGGAAAAGGGAGACUGGCGCAAGCUGACCAUCGAAGAGAAGAAAGCCCUCUACCGGUCGUCCUUCUGCCAGACCUUUGCCGAGUUCCAAGCACCAACAGGCCAGUGGAAAGCAGCUGUGGGCUGGGCUCUGUGUGCUGCGUCACUGUCAUUGUGGAUCUAUAUGGCUGUUAAGUUGUUCGUAUACAGUCCGCUCCCAGAGUCAUUCAGCGAGGAGGCCCAGAAGGCCCAGCUGAAGCGUAUGUUGGACCUCAAGGUGAACCCCAUCGAUGGACUCGCCUCCAAGUGGGACUACGAAAACAACCGCUGGAAGUAAACUGUCUCUUGGCGUACUUCGGGAGUGGAGUCGGCGUAGAGUAGACAAUGUUAUGAUAAAUUAUUAUAUGUAAGAUAUGCAAAUAAAAUCGUGAUUCCAA